UCUCUGUGUUGCACGUGUUUGAUUUUACAUUUUUAAUAUUUCAAUUUCUGCGCGUCGUAAACGCACGCAAACGUUUUGAUAAUGGGUAAAUUCCGUUCAAAAUUGAAACGCCAUAACAAGGGCAAAACCUGGAGCAAGGGCCAGUCAGCCGUAUCGAAUCCUGACCAAAUGAAGCAUCGUCUUAAAGCGAAGUCUCGCUUCUUUCAGCCAAAUUUGAAUUUGGCAGCCGCAACAGGAUCAAGCUCAGCUAACGGUCUCACCACGGAAGCCGUGCACAAACAUGAACAGCGUUUGGCAUACAAUACGGAGACGACGACGGUCAACGAUGUGGCCGGUAGCCUCAAGUCCUUUACUUUGGAAGAUGAUGACGGCAUGUCCGGCUCAGGCACCGGUACUCUGCCGGGCACAUUCAAGACCUUUCAGACCUUCGCAUCCAACUACAGCAGCUGCAGCAAUGUUAGCUUUAAGAAGCUACUCACUGGCUUUCGGGCAUCCUCCGAUUUGCACAAGGAGAUGUUGGCGAUAUUAAGUGCUCUCACGGAAAUCAUACGCGAACGUGGCGGCAACGAAUCUUCCACCGAAUACUUUCUACUUUUAAUCAGCCAAAUUGAGGCCGCCACCGAGGAGCGCGACAUCAUCGCCGGCGUCGCGCUGCUUUCCAUGGGUAUAAAGUCUGUGCCGGCUCCGGUGUUGCGCAACCGAUUUGACCAAACAGCUGCCACAUUGCAACAGCUGCUGCAGCGCUUUAUUGAAUCCAGCAAUCAAUCUGUUAUACGCUAUGUGAUUGGCUGCUUAUCGGUGCUGCUUCGCGCCCAGGACUACGCCACAUGGACGUACAGCUCAACGUUCCAAUACUUUGAUGCACUGCUAUCCUUCAGCAUUCACUCCAGGCCCAAGAUUCGGAAGGCAGCACAGCAUGCCGUAGUUUCCAUAAUUCAUGGCAGCUGUUUCAUGUUGCCACCAAUGCCAGUUGAGAAUGAUGUUAAUGAUGCUGCGGAUGUUAAGAAGGAACAGGAGCAGCUGGCAUCGAAGAUUAAGCAUCAUCCGGCCAGCGGACGUGUGGCAAAAUUCUGUUUGGCUCAGUUUAAGCCCGAAGUGUUGGCAAAUGCACAAACGACUGUGCUGCAUACGCUGGCCUUGUUAAAGGACUCACUAGCUGGCUUUCGGGCCGAGGAUAUACGCAGUGUUUGCGAGCAUCUGUUGUCCAUAAUGACCGCUAGCAAUGUUCUGGUGCGCACCAAUUGCUUUCAGGCAUUGCAUGCUCUGUUUCUCACACGCACCGCCAAUCUGAAUGCAACGGUGUGCGCCAAGCUCCUUGCCGCCAUACACGAGUAUCGGCCGGAUCGCAGUGAUGUACGUCAAACGCUUGCCUGGAUCACAGUGCUCAAGGAGGGUCAUAUGCAUUUGGCCACACAACAGCUUGAUUUAUGCAUGCAAGCGUUGCCGCGACUUUUUGACGUCUUUACCGCCGACCUGUGGCUGUCAGAUCGCAGCGAGCUUGUCGUUGGAGUUUCCAAUUGCGUGAAAGAGUUACUACAAGAUUGCGUAUCGCGUGCAUGUGCCACAAAACAACUGGCCGAUAAUUAUCGCCAGUCGGUGGCCAAAAUUAUUGCCUCGCUUCAUAAGGUGCUUAAUGCACCCUUUGGUGAGAUUUCAAAGUAUGUUAUACUCAUAUUCUCAAUAGUCUUUGAAGCGUGCGGCAGUCAUUUUGGUGGCGAGCUGAUGCCCUCGUUGACAACAAUUGGUAAACGCUAUGAGAACCAGACAGCACUGCGGUUACAGAUUGAACAUACACUAAUUAGCGCUAUUAAGGCUCUUGGCCCGGAACUUGUGUUGAAGGCCUUACCGCUGAAUGAUGCCAGUGGCGGUGUAUGCAUCGAGAGAUCAUGGCUGUUGCCAUUGAUGCGUGAGGGUGCCAAUGGAGCCAGUCUACAGUUCUUUAAAGAGCACAUUGUUCCACUAGCAUUGAACAGUCAGGCAAAUUGGCGCAAAUUUUCAGUGGAAGAGAAGAACAACUCAAAGGCACACAUUUAUGAGCUGUUAAGCUGCCAGUUGUGGGGUCUAUUUCCAGGAUUCUGUCGACAUCCACGCGAUCCAGAAUAUUUGCGAAAACUGGCGCCUACCCUGGGUGAAGUCCUAGAGAAGAAUCCAGAGUUUCGUGCGGCCAUAUACGAUGGUCUGAUGGAACUGCUGGACGAUAGCCAGAGCAGCGAAUGUCAUGCCGCCAUUGGUCAAUAUGCCCGCAAUUUUCUGCCCCGCCUGUUCAACAUAUACACACAGAAGCCGACCGGCACCUAUGAGGCGGAUCUACGCAAGCGUGCCUUGGAUGUCAUACGUCUCUACAUUGCCCGUGCAUCCGCUGACGUACAAGCCCAGCUCUUUGAAAAUGCCCAGGAACUUUUGGCGGCCAGCGCAGUGGCGAGCUUUGAAUACGAUGCAUAUUUUGAUAUUAAUGCAGCCAUUGUGCGUGUGCAAAAGUGUCGCGGUAUUGAGGCCUAUUUCGAGAAGUACAUGGCGCCCGUUCUACGUAACGAUAAGUCCAAGUUAGUUUCCCGUGAUGAGCAGAAGUUAAAGAAGCAACAGCGCAAGACCUACGAGUUACUACGUGAGCUGAUGACUUCUGACCAAACUUCGUGUCAAAAGUUUACACGCAAAAACUGUAUUAUGCUACAGCAAAUACUUCUGGAGGCCUUUAGCACCACCUGUAGCGUCUGUCAGGCGUCACGUUUGCAUUGUCUUAAAUCGUUACUGGAUUGCCGGAAUAACCUAACGUUCAACGAUCAGCUGGUGAUGAAGGCCAUUCCGGAGGCAGUGCUUAAUUACAAAGAGUUCUCCACACGCAAGGAGCAGGUGGCUGAGCAGCUGAUCAAACUGAUUGUCAAUCUGUAUCAAGAGGCUGGCAAGAUUAAUGAGUUUGUGGACAUCUUGACUGCAGGCUUUACUGGAGACGAAUCGUUAAUUACCAACACGAUACUCGCAUUUCGUGCGGUUCUUCAGCAACAAGGUCAGCAUCUAACUGUGAGCACUUUGGAGUUUGUGCUGCAACAGGUUUCAGUCUUUCUGGUGCAAAAGUCACGGCAUCAGGCUGAGGCAGCCGUUGCAUUCCUCAUCACAUUCAUCAAGGUGAUGCCCAUACCGCUGGUAGCCAAUCAUCUCGAAACGAUUAUGCGUUCACUAUCGGCUAUGACGAAGGACACAAAGCGCUAUUGUCGCAUACAGAUUGGUUAUUUCCUAAAAAAGCUCUGCAAGCGCUUCACCACAGAGGAACUGGCACGCUUUGUGCCAGGAGACGAUGAAGUGACCCAUCGCCGGCUUAAAAAGAUACGUAAGCAAAUGCGUCGUGAUACGCGUAAAAAACAAAAUGAAGAGGCGCAAGCCGAAAGCUCCGAUGAUGAACUAGUGGGAGAUUUGGAGCAAAAGAGCUACACAAUCGAUGAUAUUUUGGCCGAUUCAGACUCAGACUUUCCCGAGGAUAUGGAAACAGAGGAUGGCGUUGCUACUACGAAACUUGGCAAGUCCAAAUCCAAGUCUAAGUCCAAGCAAUCACGCAGCACCUACAUUCGUGAGGAUGCCGACGAAAUUGUCGAUCUGGCAGAUCUCAAGUCCAUUGGCAAUGUUCUGACAAGCGGCUCUGGAGCAGCAGCAGCUCCUAGCAAGCAGUCGAAAUCAAAGCCACAACUGGCCAAUGGUGGAUUCAAGACUGCAGAUGAUGGUCGUCUCAUCAUUAGCGACAAGGCAUUGCGUGGACAAGGUAAAAAUGAUGAUGUCAAUAGUGAUUCAGACAGCGAUGAAUCCUCAGCUGAUAGCGGUCAUGAAAUGCGUGGUGGUGGUGGUGGUGGUAAUCCAAAGCGUGGCAUGGAAGAGGACUCCAGUGAUGAGGAAGAAAUCAAGCAAGCAAUCAGUAACAAACGCAAGCGCAAAGCCAGUGAUGCACUAAGUAUGCUCUCUGGCAAGAGUGGCACUAGCACACGAAAAGGUAUACAUCGACCUCUUGGCGGUAAAUCCUGUGAUGCUAUGUCCGUCAAAUCUGGCGGUGGAGGCUUUAACAAAGCCCCUGGCACUGAAUACAGUACCAAAAAGGCCAAGGGUGACAUGAAGCAGCGCGGUAAACUGGAUCCCUAUGCAUAUAUACCGCUCACACGGAAUACGCUUAACAAACGCAAACGCGCCAUGAACUCACGCAAGUUUAAGAACGUGGUGCGAGGCGCUGGUGCAGAUGAAACGACCACAGGGGGAACAGCUCGUAGAGGAGGCGGUGGACAGCGUGGACGUGUUGGCAAGAGCUACAAAUGAGCGGCAAUUUCCCGGAUCAUAAAGAUAACUUGGAUAUACUAGACUAGCAGUUUCUGUUAUUACAUAAAUACAUAAUGCCCUUAUAUGAAUACAUAUUUAAUCUUAUCAUACAUAUUCAGCUGAGAGUUUACUACCCUGUGCCAGGGAUAUAUUAACUUAAUGUAAAAAUAUGUAACAGACAGAAGAAGGCGUGGCAGACGGCAAAAUAAACCGAAUUACAAGAGAAUUUUUAAAG